UAAGGAGUUAAAAGGCAAGUGAUCUGAGGCCAGUGGCAGGUAGGGGCAGCCUAAGCAGGGGCUAAGCUGGAGCUGCAGAAGCACAGAACUCAGUGAGGAGCAAACCCAGCCCUCCAUCCUGACUGUUCCCCUGAGAGAGAUGGCAGCAGCCAGAGCAGGAUUCAGCCCUCUGCUCCUGCUCCUGCUGCUGGGGCUGUGGCUAGCUGAGGUCCCAGUCAGUGCCAAGCCCAGCAACAUGACCGCAGCUCAGUGGUUUGCAACGCAGCACGUGCAGCCCAAACCCCAGGGAUGUGACACUGCAAUGAACAACAUCAACAAAUACACGAAACGCUGCAAAGACUUCAACACCUUCCUGCAUGAAUCCUUCUCCAGUGUGGCCACCACCUGUCAGACCCCCACCAUAGCCUGCAAGAAUGGCCGUAAAAACUGCCACCAGAGCCAAAGGCCUGUGUCUCUGAGCACAUGUAAGCUCAUCUCCGGGAAGUAUCCAAACUGCAAGUACAAAAAGAAGCAACUGGCCGCUUCUUACAUUGUAGCCUGUGACGCUCCCCAGGCAGGAGGCUCUGGGAAAUUCAAGCUGGUCCCUGUGCACUUGGACUAGGUCCUUUAGGUUUGCAGCCUUCCUCCCUCUUGGGCUGUACCUUAAUUCCCUCUCCAGGCCUCUGUGCAAGUCUUUUUUUUUUUUUAUGUUUAUUUAUUUUUGAGAGAGAGAGACACUGAGGGGGAGGGGCAGAGAGAGGGGGGGA